UUGCAUUCAUCCAGCCAGAGAAUCAACAAAGUUGCGCAAAUGCUGCCUUUUCAGACACGCUGAAUCGAACGCGAAGAAAUACAUUGGCAACAAACAACAUAUUCGGGCUUCAGCUGAUUGGUUGACCUUAUGGACCGCUUGGCAUGUUUUGGAAAUGACCCUUCUGACAAGCCCCCAUGUCGAGGUUGCUCAUCUAACCUGGUGGAACCCUACAUAAAAUGUGCUGAGUGUGGACCCUCACCUUUCCUUCUAUGUCUCCAGUGUUUUACCAGAGGGUUUGAGUUCAAGAAACAUGAGAGUGAUCACAAGUAUGAAAUAAUGACGUCAGACUUCCCUGUGCUGGAACCUGGCUGGACAGCACAGGAAGAGAUGGCCGUACUGGAAGCAGUUAUGGACUGUGGCUUUGGGAACUGGCAGGAUGUAGCAUAUCAGAUGCGCACCAAAAGCAAGGAGGAGUGUGAGGCCCACUACAUGAAGAACUUCAUCAACAACCCCUUGUUCUCCUCCACCCUGCUCAAUCUCAGACAGAUAGAGGAGGCUCGUACUGCAGUCACAGCCAUUCCCUUCAAACCCACUGACGAUCCCCCCAGGCCCACCUUUGACUCUCUGUUGUCUCGAGACAUGGCUGGAUACAUGCCUGCCAGAGCAGACUUCAUGGAGGAAUUUGACAACUAUGCUGAGUGGGAUCUGAAAGACAUUGAUUUUGUGGAUGAUGACUCAGACCUACUACAUGCGUUGAAGAUUGCUGUUGUUGACAUAUACCAUUCAAGGUUAAAGGAGAGGGGUAGAAGAAAGAAGAUCAUCAGGGACCAUGGACUGAUCAACCUGAGGAAGUUCCAGAUCCUGGAGCAUCGCUACCCUAAGGAGGUACAGGAUCUGUAUGAUGCUAUGAGACGUUUCGCCAGGGUGGUGGGCCCUAUCGAACACGACAAGUUCAUAGAGAGUCAUGCAUUGGAGUUUGAGCUGAGGAGAGAGAUUGGCAGGCUGCAGGAGUACAGGAGAGCAGGCAUCCAGUCUUUCUGCAGUGCCAAGGUGUAUGAGCGUGUGAAGCACGUGCGGGAGGAUGAGCGGAGGAAGAGGACCAUGCUAGUUGAUGUGCUGCAGUACAUUCAGGACGGACGGGCCUGCCAGCAGUGGCUCAGCAAACAGGCUGCCAUUGAUGCUGGUAUCACUCCUGUUGUCAUCACCACAUCAGCAACAGGCAGGAGAAGCGCCCCUCCUCUCAACCUGACUGGCCUGCCAGGGACAGAGAAGCUCAACGACAGGGAGAAAGAGCUGUGCCAGGUGGUGCGUCUGGUGCCAGGUGCCUACCUGGAGUACAAGCAGGCCCUGCUGAACGAGUGCAGGCGGCAGGGUGGUCUACGGCUGGCACAGGCCCGGGCACUCAUCAAGAUUGAUGUCAACAAGACACGCAAGAUCUACGACUUCCUGAUCAAGGAGGGCUACAUCAACAAGGCCUAGACCAGCCUAAGACCAAGGUUGUGUCAUAAAUGGAACCCGAUUCCCUAAAUAGUGCACUACUUUUGACCAGAGCGGGGUGCUAUUUGGGACGCAUCCAGAGUCAGAACUGUUCCAGCAGAGGUCAUGGCUGGACUGGACCCUAACUGAUACGUUUUAUUCUCAUGUUGUCUUGGUGAAAUGAUGCUGUCAUGUGCUGUGAGAACUACGUUUCAAUGCCCUUCCUUUGAAAGAAACACAAUGAAUUGUACACUAUAUUUACAGAAGUAUGUGGACACCCCUUAAAAUUAGUUGAUUCUGCUAUUUCAGCCACACCUGUUACUGACAGGUGUUUAAAAUAGAGCACACAGCCAUGCAAUCUCCAUAGGAAAACAUUGGCAGUAGAAAGCCUUACUGAAGA